AUGAAAGAUUAUAUCAAUCGAGGUGUCCAAGGAAUCAUAACGAAUCGAAUCGCUUUAGCCAAACGAGUAGCAGUCUCGAUGGGUGUCACAAUGGCGAACGUGUCUACGCCUAUUCCUACAUCGAAAUUUUCUACGCCACCUGUAGAUAAAUGUGAUUGUGAUUAUCAUAAAGGAGGUUGUACGAUUUCAUGGCCUGCGCCAAGUAAAAAAGCUUGCAAAUGCCGAUACAAAGAUCUUAUGUGGACAUGUGAGGGUUCUCUCGUCGAUUGUCAUGUUUCUCUUCCAAAAUGUUUAAAUCCCGAUGCAUCAAAAGAAGCUUGUCAACUUGGACAAGGUGAUUGUGAUGGGUAUUAA